AGAGAGCGGGUGCCCAACGAUGUGGUCAAGCCCUCGGCCAGCGGCGGCCUGCUCCAUCACCUGCGCAGCAUGCACCGCUACACGCUGGAGAUGAUCCGCAUGAGCCAGUUCCCGCAGGUCUUCCGCGAGGUCAUCCAGGCCGCCAUCUUGGACCGGGCCAUGCAGAGCUCGCUGGAGCAGGAGAAGAGGUUGAACUGGUGCCGCGAGGUCAAGAAGCUGGUGCCGCUGAGGACCAACGGUGAUGGGAACUGCCUGCUCCAUGCAACUUCUCAAUACCUGCUGGGGGUUCAGGACACGGACCUGGUGCUGCGAAAGGCUCUUUAUGCAGUGCUGAAGGAAACAGACACUAGUAACUUUAGAAUGCGCUUUCAAACAGAGCUGCUGCACUCUCAGGAGUUCACUCAGACUGGCCUGCGAUACAGCACUUUGAACUGGGAGGAGGAAUGGGUGAAGAUUGUAGAAAUGGCUUCUCCAGUGUCCAGCAGUAAUGGCCUACAGUUUGACUCAUUAGAGGAUAUUCACAUCUUUGUGCUUUCAAAUAUUCUCCGGAGACCAAUUAUUGUUAUUGCAGACCAAGUACUUAGAAGUAUGAAGUCUGGUUCCUCCUUUUCACCCCUCAAUGUCGGGGGCAUAUACCUGCCGUUGCAUUGGCCUCCAGGAGAAUGCUACAAAUAUCCCAUAGUGCUUGGCUACGACUCCCAGCACUUUGCACCUCUGAUCACAAUCAAAGACAGCGGCCCAGAGAUCCGUGCUGUGCCGUUGAUAAACCCUGGACGGGGUGGGUUUGAAGAUCUUCGAGUGCACUUUCUGACAGAAAAGGAGCAGCAACAGAAGGAGAAGUUGCUAAAAGACUACCUAAUGCUUAUAGAAAUCCCUGUCAUUGGCCUGGGCUACGAUCCCACACAGAUUAUCACUGCAGCCAGACUGGAUGAAGGCAACCUACCUGAAGACAUGAACCUGAUGGAGGACUACCUACAAUUGGUCAACCAUGAAUAUAAGCGCUGGCAGGAGGAUAAGGAUUCUUUAUGGGCCCCCCAAUCCCAGCGUCCCCCUCCCUUCUCAGUCUCCCAACUCUCUCUCAUUGAGAUCCGUUGUGCCACACCCCGCUGUACUUUCUACGUCUCGGUGGACACUCAACCCCACUGUCACGAGUGCUUCGAAAAGCGACAGGCGGGUCGUAAGCCGGAGGCCAUUUCCGCCACAAAUCAAACCUCGUCCUCGGACCCCGAGAGCCGAGGGAGGCUGGAGCGCUCCGUCCUGCCCAGCCCACGUUCCGCGCCCCCUACGGCCCCCAGUCUAAGCCUUUACAGUGAGACUCAUGCCAUGAAGUGCAAGACGCCCGGAUGCUUGUUCACUCUCAGUGUGGAGCAUGACGGGCUGUGUGAACGCUGCUUUACGGCGAGGCAAAACCGAUCGGCUGCUAAUGGGCCGCCGCAAGGCCCUUCUCACGGCUGGUGGGCGUCAGGCAGCCGGGAGCGAGAGAAGGAAAGGGAGGGGGAGACAGAACGAGAAAGGGACACCGAGAGAUGUGUUAUGUGCCGGCAGGAGGUCUUUAGGAUAUUUAAUGGUCUUUGCCCACCCUGCAUGCAGAGGACUGCCGUUUCCGAGAGGGGGGACACCCAGCAGCAGGAGCCUAGAACCGAGGCCUCAGUAUGGGCACUGCAUCGGGAGACGGAGCGCACUGGCAACACCGGCCACACCUGGCAGACGCCCGCUGCACGGCAGUGUAAACGCUCCGGCUGCCAAUUCUUUGGGACGCCAGAGAAGCUGGGGUUCUGCACUAUAUGCUAUCUAGACUACCAGACCAAUCACCUGGCCACCCCUGCUAUUGUCCAGCCCAGACACACAUCCGAGGCGGGCUUUCAGAACUGUCCGCGGUGCCGGGGUCAGGGCUGUGGCGCCGAGGGAAAGGCCAUGCUCGAGGGUUACUGCAACAAGUGCUUUGUGAAGGAACAGAGUGCUAGGCUCAACCAAGCUGCUAGCAGGGGCUCUCACUCCCCACCUCUCGUCACACGGGCCUUGAAAGCAUGUCCACCUCCGAUGCUCACCCAAGCACAGUGUCGGCGCGGCGGCUGUAAGAACCUGUCCCCUGGCUGCACGGACCUCUGCCCGGACUGCCUCAGCCGCGGCCAGCGAGAGGGUCGGCGUGCCCAGGCACCCAAAGAGAAAAGCAAACAGCGCUGCAAGACGCAGGGCUGCGACCACUACGCCAACCAAGACAAACAAGGCUACUGUAACGAAUGUGACCACUUCAAGCAGAUUUACCGAGGCUAACAGAACGGUUCGAUGUUAAAAAGGGCCCAGUUCAUCGCACGUUCGCGUGCAUGCUGGUAAACGCUCUUACACGAGGAACUUUUUGCCCAAAAUCCCCCACCUAUAUUGGGCAGGGCCUAAAGAAGCCCGGUGGUGCUGUAGAAUUGGGGAUUACCUCUCGAAUGAAGUUUUGCUCAUUUGUAUCAUGUGUAUAGGACCGUCGUGAGAUGUUAGCAUACAGAAACUAAUGAUACACAAUGACGUUUAGUCACACAGGUGUGGCGUCUGAACAGGGUAAUUAAUUGCAGACGUUUAUUGAGGAGUGUACCAAUUAACGAUUUCAGAUUAGCAACAAAUUUGACCAAAGUUUAAUAAACUGAAAGAUAUGUCUAAGCCAAUGUACUUCGCCACUGUGGCCUGCAGAAAGCCAACAGGCCUUUUGGAAGUACAGGGUAUGCAGAAACCACCGGAGGACAGCAUUUGAUAGUUUAUUCAUAAAAUGUAGGUUAAGUGCCAAUGAGAGCUUGCUAAGCAGAGCUCGAAUUUCAUUUCCUGCUGCACCAUUUGAUGUCUGCAAGCAGUACGGAUCUGUUGCCUUUGAGAAUGUUUUGUUUACCAUUUUCAAAAGUCCUUCUUGCUCUUGAAACUAUUUUUCACUUUUGCUUGCCUUGCUAAACUUCAUAUGACUUGGUCUGUUGUAUUGAAUGGAUGUGUUCAUUUUUCUGUGGCUGAAAAACUCCUUAAGUGCAAUGAAAACCAGAUACUUGACACCUCCCCGAUGUCUAGAGCAGAUGAAAAUUAAUUAAGCUGAAGGGAAUGGCCAUGCCAAAAAAAAAAGCGUCAACAUUUUU